CACAUCCCCGGCAUAUCGCCUCCACACUCUCGAAAGGACGGAUCAUCGCGGAGCAAGUGAUCUGUCUUCCCAACCGCCAGCAUGGCUCCACCACAGGACACCCUGUUCCGCUCGGCGGACAUGUCCUUGACGCAGCUCUACAUCGCCAAUGAGAUAGGGCGCGAGGUCGUCUCCGCCCUCGGAGAGCUUGGUGUCAUGGACUUUCGGGAUCUCAAUGCCGACACCACCGCCUUCCAACGUACCUUCACGCAGGAGAUCCGUCGCCUAGACAAUGUGGAGAGGCAGCUUCGAUACUUCCAUGCGCAGAUGGACAAGGCAUCCAUUCCGAUGAGGUCUAUCUACGACUUCAACAACCCGUUCACCUCGCCUUCUGCUUCUGAGAUUGAUGAACUUGCGGAUAAGAGUCAGAGCUUGGAGAAUCGGAUUUCCUCGCUCAAUGAGAGCUAUGAGACUUUGAAGAGGCGUGAGGUCGAGCUUACGGAGUGGCGUUGGGUGCUCAGAGAGGCUGGUGGCUUCUUCGACAGGGCUCGCGGCCAGACCGAGGAAAUCCGACACUCGAUUGAUAACGACGAUGCGCCCCUCCUUCGCGACGUUGAACAAAACGGGCAAAAUGGCGAAGCUGGCGGAGACCGCUCCUUCUCCGUCAUGAAUAUCGGAUUCGUCGCUGGAGUCAUUCCCCGGGAACGGAUUGCGUCAUUUGAAAGAAUCCUCUGGCGAACGCUGCGCGGCAAUCUGUACAUGAACCAGUCUGAGAUCCCGGAGCCCAUCAUCAACCCAGAGACGAACGAGGAAACCAGCAAGAACGUGUUCAUUAUCUUCGCACACGGCAAGGAAAUCAUCGCUAAGAUCCGCAAGAUCUCCGAAUCGCUAGGUGCCGACCUAUACAGUGUGGACGAGAACAGCGAGUUGCGCCGGGACCAGAUCCAUGAGGUCAAUACUCGAUUGAGCGACUUGGCGAGCGUUUUAAGGAACACCAAGCAGACGCUGGAUGCUGAGCUGACUGCUAUUGGACGUAGCUUGGCUGCAUGGAUGAUCAUUAUCAAGAAGGAGAAGGCUGUUUACCAAACUUUGAAUAAGUUUUCUUACGAUCAUCAACGGAAGACCCUCAUCGCCGAAGCAUGGGCACCUACCAAUGCUCUUGGAUUGAUCAAAUCGACCCUCCAGGAUGUCAACGACCGUGCUGGUCUCUCUGUUCCGACUAUUGUGAACCAGGUCAAGACCAACAAGACACCACCGACCUACUUCAAGACGAACAAGUUUACGCUUGCGUUCCAAACCAUCAUCGAUGCUUACGGUACCAUCAAGUAUCGCGAAGUCAACCCUGGUUUACCCACUAUCGUUACUUUCCCCUUUCUGUUCGCCGUCAUGUUCGGUGACUUCGGACACGGUUCCAUCUUGUUGCUCGCUGCCUUGGCCAUGAUCUACUAUGAGAAGUCCCUACUGCGGAGCAAGCUCGACGAGCUUUUCUCCAUGAUCUUCUACGGACGCUACAUUGUCCUGAUGAUGGGAAUCUUCUCUAUGUAUACUGGCCUGAUCUACUGUGAUGCGUUUUCAAAGGAACUGCCUUUCUUCACAUCUAUGUGGGAGUGGGAAAACGAUGGAGCUGGUCCAGAUGCAACACGUAUCCAGGGCUACACAUAUCCUUUUGGCUUGGAUUGGAAGUGGCAUGAUACCGAGAACGAUCUGUUGUUCUCCAACAGCUACAAGAUGAAGCUCAGUAUUCUCCUCGGGUGGUGUCACAUGACCUUCUCCCUUUGCUGGUCCCUCGUUAACGCUCGCUACUUCAAGACGCCGAUUGACAUCUGGGGCAACUUCGUACCGGGCAUGAUUUUCUUCCAGUCAAUCUUUGGCUACUUGGCCUGCACCAUCGUCUACAAGUGGUGUGUCGACUGGAUCGCCAUCGGACAGGAUCCUCCUAGUCUUCUCAACAUGCUGAUCUACAUGUUCCUCCAACCUGGCACGCUCGAGAACCCUGAUGCCCCACUGUACAAGGGCCAAGCUACUGUGCAGGUCAUUCUACUUCUCUUGGCUCUAGUGUGCGUCCCGGUCCUUCUCUUCCUGAAGCCAUUUUACCUCCGCUACGAGCACAACAAGGCUCGCGCGUUGGGAUACCGUGGUAUUGGCGAGAGCACCAGGGUCAGCGCACUAGACGAUGACGACGAUGACGAAGGUCAGACUCUGAACGGUGGUCGGGACAGCUAUGGCGAUGAUGAAGAUGGUGUUGCCAUGAUUACACAGGAUAUCGGACACGGUGAAGAGCACGAAGAGUUCGAGUUUUCAGAAAUCAUGAUCCACCAAAUCAUCCACACGAUCGAAUUUUGUCUCAACUGCGUCUCUCACACAGCCUCCUACCUCCGUCUGUGGGCCCUCUCCCUCGCACAUCAACGCCUCUCCAUCGUGCUGUGGGACAUGACGAUGAACAUUGCCUUCGGCAUGAAGGGAAUCGUAGGCACGAUCGCCAUCGUCGUUAUCUUCUACUUCUGGUUCGUACUCACGGUCUUUGUGCUGUGUGUUAUGGAGGGCACGAGCGCCAUGUUGCAUAGUCUACGGCUGCAUUGGGUCGAGGCAAUGAGCAAGCAUUUCAUGGGCGACGGCGUGCCGUUUGAGCCGUUUAGCUUUAAGAUACUGUUGGAGGAGGAGCCGAUUGAGUGAUUUGGAUGAGCGAUUUUAUUUGUUAGAUUUGUAUUAUGGUAGCAAGUGUUUUGUGUAUUAGGAUCCCAUUAUGGACGUGAUAGUGAGAAAGGGGGUGGCUGUGGCUGGUGCUGUAUAUAGAGUGUAACCACAGUUGUCCUU